CGUAGAGGAGAUGGGCCUUGUUUUUUUUACAUGCUCUCCCCUCGCCGGACGGAUCAGCCGCGUCACCGCCGGACCCACGCAUUACUCACCUCUUGGACGAGUAUGGAGACGUCUUCGAGGCUCCCACCAGAACGGUUCCGGAUCGGCCCAUACGUCACGGGAUUACACUCGAGGCGGACGCCGUCCCUCCGCGUGGAUGCAUUUGCCGCAUGAGCGAAGAGGAACUCGAGGUGCUUCGCGCACAACUCGAUGACCUUCUCGACAAGGGCUGGAUUCGCCCUAGUUGUUUGCCAUACGGUGCACCAGUUAUCUUCGUCCGGAAGAAGAACAAGGACCUACAUCUGUGCAUCGACUAUAGAAAACUUAAUGCACAAACCGUAAAGAACGUCAGCCCUCUCCCCAGGAUUGAUGAUCUCCUCGAGCAGUUGGGCGGCGCGACGUACUUCUCGAAGUUGGACUUGAAGUCGGGUUACCACCAGAUUGAAAUCCAACCUCAAGAUCGGUACAAAAACACUUUCAAAACGUGGUAUGGGCAUUUUGAGUGGGUCGUGAUGCCAUUUGGACUCACCAAUGCCCCGACAACUUUCCAAGCAGCCAUGACAAUGGAGUUCCAAAACUUGCUCGAUCGUUCCGUCCUCAUCUACCUCGAUGAUAUCUUGGUCUAUAGUAGGACGCUUAACGAGCACUUCCUACACCUUCGUGUGGUGUUGGAUCGUUUGCGAGCAGCCAAGUACAAAGCAAACCGCGACAAGUGCGAAUUCGCCAAACAAGAGUUUGAGUACUUAGGCCAUUAUGUGACGCCGAAAGGCAUUCAUCCCUUAGCGGACAAGAUCCAAGCCAUCGUGGAUUGGCCGGAACUUCGUUGCACGACGGACGUACGCUCUUUCAUGGGUUUGGCUGGAUACUAUCAGCGCUUCGUCGAGUCCUACUCCAAAGUGGCAGCUCCUUUGUCGAGACUUCAGUCCCCAAAGGUACCAUUCGAGUUCGACGACGCAGCUCAUGGCGCGUUCAAUACGUUGAAGGCGACGAUGCAAGACGCACCGGCCCUCCGUAUCUAUGAUCCCACCCUACCCACCCAAGUGACUACGGAUGCUUCCGGGGAGGUGGAAGAUGAGGAUUGGGUGGAAAAAUUAGGGUUUCAUACCGAACUGCCAGCAGAGACAGACGCUGAAAGGGAAGCUUUCAUAGGUAAGCUGGCGUCAUGUGCAAAUAAGGAGGGACAUAAUCUUGUGCUGGAGGAGAAGCGAAGUGAACUCCACAAUCGUUUGCUUGCCCAAAAGAGGAAAGAAUAUGAUGAAAAGAAGAGGUUGAAGGAAGAAGGAGAGAGGCUUCAAAAGGCACUAAGGGAACAGAAGGGCCAAAAAGUGGACGUGAAGGAUACUCUUACUCUCCUGACAGAUACUUUACUGCACACCACCCUUGAGCUCAAUGCACUACACAAGAAUGCGGGGAAGAUUGAGCAGCACCAAGAAGAGUUCCAUAGCACAUGGAACAAUUUCCUCAACGCUUUGUCUCACCGGAUAGAUAAACGGAUAUUGGACUACGUUCACCAACUAGAUGAGCUCUUCACCCAUAAGAUGGCGAACACUAUUGCUGCAGGUAAGGUAGAUGGCGGUGGUGGGGCUGGAGAUGGUGGCGACGAUGGGGAUGAUGACAAGAAAGGGAAAGGUCCCAGGAAGGAUGAUAGAAAAAAAGAGGGAGACAAGUCUGAGGGUGGAGAACGAAGGGAGAAGAUAAAGGUUAACGUCCCUCGAACAUAUUGGGAAGAGGUAGGAGUGCAUUUUGCAUUGGGAGGCAGCAAUGGACACAUACCUGUAGGCGCAACUGAUUCCAUAUUGGGACCGCGUACUAAUGGCAAGUUCGUGUCUAGAGGGAGACACAGCUAGUUUCGCGAUUUCGCUAGUGAAGGAGGUCGGAUGCACCUCGAUGGUGCAAUACUCAC